AUGCGUCCUACCCUCGGUCUCCGCGCUUUCCGCCCGACUCUGCGCAUGAUGUCCCCCGUUCCCGCCGAGGACCAAGUCGGCCACACCGUCUCCCAGAGACUGCGCAAGCUUCGCCAGAUCCCCCCCGAGCUGAUCCCUCUCGGUGUUGUCGUUGGCUUUGCUCUGGCCGCUGCCACCUACUCGGUCGGACGUCACUUUGUGACCGACAAGACCAUCCGUCUCAAGCGCCAGGGCAAGUCCGCCGCUGCCGCCGCCGGCCACGGAGAGGAGCACUAA